GUAGAAAAUCGUAGAAGUCUAAAAGAUAUUACGAAAAUUGGCACUGAAUUUUAAUAUUACUGUAGAGCCUUUUUAUUCAUACAUAAAUAUUUACAACAUAUUCACAGACCUGCAGGCCAAUACAUAAACAAUAGUAAAAAUCCUCUCAAUGACAGAUCAAUCUAAUUUCCAGAUUGGAAUUUGAAAAAUGGAAGAAGAACAAUGUUUACAUGAGUGUGAAAACUAUAUUCAGAGCCAUAAUAUUCCUUUACUAUUGAAAGAUUGUAUAGUGCAGUUGUGUGUAAAUAAGCCUGAUAAUCCAGUGUCUUUUCUAAGACAGUACUUCCAGAAACUAGAACGGGAACAAGUUAAGGCUGCUCAAGCUGCGGCUGCGGCAUCGGAAGGUGAAGCGGACGGUGAACUGUCACCACUACCCGUGCCAGGAGGCCAGCCCCCGCGCAGACGCGGAGGCAUUAGCGCAGAACCAGUCACAGAGGAAGAUGCUACCAGCUAUGUUAAAAAGGUGGUGCCAAAGGAUUACAAGACAAUGGGUGCUUUGUCGCGUGCCAUAGCUUCAAAUGUUCUUUUUACACAUUUGGAUGAAUCGGAGAGAGCAGAUAUGUUUGAUGCUAUGUUCCCCGUCCAGUGUCUCCCUGGGGAGACAGUCAUCAGGCAAGGAGACGAAGGGGACAACUUUUACAUUAUUGAUUCUGGUGAAGUUGAAGUUUUAGUGAAUGGAGAACCUGUUACAACAAUUGGGGAAGGAGGCAGUUUUGGUGAACUGGCACUGAUAUACGGAACUCCCAGAGCAGCCACCGUGCGUGCGCGCACUCCUUUGAAAUUAUGGGGCUUGGAUCGCGACUCUUAUCGUCGUAUACUAAUGGGUUCCACUAUAAGAAAACGACGUAUGUACGAUGAAUUCUUGUCGCGUGUUUCUAUUUUAGAAAGCUUAGAGAAAUGGGAACGUCUGACAGUUGCGGAUGCAUUAGAACCUGUUUCAUUCACUGAUGGCGAGAUCAUUGUGAGACAAGGAGAACCCGGCAAUGACUUUUAUAUAAUAGUAGAAGGAACCGCAGUAGUGCUUCAGCAAAGAAGUGGCCAGGGAGAAGGUUCAGCAGUAGAAGUAGGUCGGUUGGGACCUUCUGAUUAUUUUGGAGAAAUUGCACUGUUAUUGGACAGGCCACGGGCAGCAACAGUACGCGCUGCCGGAUCUCUUAAAUGUGUCAAGCUUGAUCGCGCCCGAUUUGAAAGAGUGCUGGGAUUAUGUGCCGAUAUCUUGAAGCGCAAUAUUGCACAGUACAACAGUUUUGUUUCGCUGUCUGUAUAACAUUGUCUUCAUGGUCUUACAAAUAGAGUAAGAUGAAGAAUAGAUAAUAUCGGUACGUGAGGAGAAGUAAUUAUGUCAGUACUUAAGUACUUUUUAAUAUAUUCAAUAAUAAAACUUGGUUACCACCUUUGUAAAAUCGAUUAAUUUUAUAAUAAUAUACUUGCCAGUGGGAAUGUUAAA